ACGUCUAGCUAAGUAAAUAAGUGAAUGUAGCUCGUCAAACGUGAGAAACAGACAUUUACAGUCCGCAGUUUUUAAAAGUUAAAGUGACAAUGUUGCUCCUGGGACUCCUAAAACCCUUUCUCAAGGAUGUUUUACCGGCGCUGCCAGCAGAAGACAGAGGCGGUCGGUCCGUCGCGCCAACGGUCGCGCACGUCGCCUUCGAGUUGGAACCGGGACGUUUCUCUUCGACCUGCGUUUGAAAAAAAGGACCGUCUGCUGCUGCUCGGGACUCUAGUGCGACACGGCGGGAAUCACAGUUACUUCUGACCGAGGUUUGAUUCAGUGAACUAUGGCGAGAAGUGUGAGAUCUGCGACUUACCCAAAACGCAUAUUUCCCCGUGUCCUGCUCACCUUGGCGGGAGCGUUGAUGUUGCCGGUGUGGUAGCCGAUCUGCAGGGAGCCCAGCACCGCUGCCAGGAUGGAGAUCAGGAGUGUGGUGGUCAGAUGGCUCUGUGUGAGGACACAGCCAGGACAGACGAGAGGGGAGAGCAGGAAGCGAGACGAGAGGAGUUUGACAUAACACAGCAGACAAGAACAACAUACCCACAUCUGUCCCGCCACCCCCAAAAGCAAGUCUCUACAGAACAAUGGCGGGAUUUUAAAAUGGCCUUCGUAAGGUGAAAUAACACCUACGGUGUUGAGAUGGGACAAAAAUGCUGGAACCAUCUGAGCCACCGGACCCGGCUGCUCAGCCAUGGCCCUCACUGUGAGAAGAAAAUCACCGCCCUGGGCUCCAGUUACAUAUCUCCUCUAUAAUGAGCUUUCCAGUCUCUUCAGAGGACGGAUGCCACCCUCCCCGGCACUCCAGCAACUCACACGAGGCGCUCAGAUGUUUUCCUGUGCUCCUGCCAACGUGUCGAGAGCGCGGCGCCUCAGGCACACAUGUGCUCCACGCUGCCCCACAUGCUCACAAUCCCUCACCUGGGUGUACAUACUGUAGAUUCUAAAUAUGUCCAACAACACUCCGGUGACGAUCCAAAGCUGCGAAAGAGCAUGACAAGAUUUAAUGUCUGGCAGAGGCAGCGUGACUUACAAAGGGAUCCAGGCCAUUAAAGACCAGCAAGGCAUACCUGAACACAGUGGCCGUCUAUCUUAGUCAAGGCAGAAUGAUGCCAUAUGUUCGUACGCACUCCUGCUUCUAAACGCAGCCUUUCUGUUUCUCUGUCCUUUCUUUUUUUCACUCUAUACACAAGCAUCACUAGCUCCGAGUGCCUUAGAGGCAGCAAAUAAAGCUGUCAGGCCCUUUUUGCUCCAGCUCUUAAGCAUGAAGGUGAGAGAUUCGGUGACUACGGCGGAAAAAAACCCCAACUGGCCCAAGGCUCCGUCUCUGCUUCUCCAAUACCGGAGCUGUUUACCCUGGCAACCCGUGCCCCAGGGUCCGAGAGGGCUGACGUUAUAUGCCCGCUCUGAGCCACCGUUCUACAGGCCGGCCGGCGCCAAGUGCAGCUGCCUGCUAAAAAUGAUGUCUCGCCGGGAGCUGGUGGUGGUGAUGGGACAAGAGGUCAUAAUAUGCUGUCUGAGCUGCACUACUUCCUCGUAGCACCAUGACGGGGCGGCCGGGCCGGACGGGACCUUAAAGUCAACGUUGCCGUUGUUUUCCACUGAUGGAGACGACUCUUGGCGAGUAAAGGAACAAAGUCUGAUCGCGAACUUUCUCGCAAAGUUUCUUCGAGAUUGGCUCUCCCUCGUUCUCAGUCGACGCCCUCCUCCCCUUUUCCUCUCAGCGAUUGCGGGCUCCUCGUCCUCGGCUCUGUUCACUUCUGCCUCCUUUCAUUCCCUUUGUGCCGACUCGGGACGUCGUGUGGGCGGUGGUCCGCCGCCCUGCCAGGAACCCACGGUCUCCAUCAGCCCCCGCAGCCGCCGCCGCAGCCGCACCCCGCAACACUCACGCCUUCCAUAAAACACACCGCACAUCUGCUGCACAGUCAGGAGUCGUUCUGGACUCUGUAAACUCACCAGAUGGGCGAAUUAAACAAGAGUUACAGUGCAGCCUUAAAUGAUGGGGAAACAGAAGAGCAACAAAACCUGCAUGGCGACCGAUCCAAGAUGGGAUGUCUGAUCCACGGGAUGAGCCACAUGAGGUCUAGUCCAGAUGCAAUACAUUCUUAUGGGAAGAAAUCAUUGUCAUUCAAUGUCACCAUGAGCAGGCAAGUUGUCCAGCAUUGCAACUGGAUGUCAAUCAAACCAAUUUCAAGACUCUCUGGAUUUGGGAACACAAAAACUCACACCCGUGAUGGAAGAAGUAUUCAAGGCCUUUACGUCUCUCAAGCAAUUUCCCGGAGUGCCGGUCGGAGGCCUGCGACCGACACAGGAGAUCUCAUUAAGUGCAGAUGUUUUUGGGGCCACUUGGGAGCAGCAGAGACGAGCUGUAAACUCACCACUGACACAUGAAUAACUUGGCCUGAUGAAAGUGCGCAGUUUCUAAUCUGCGUGUUUUCCGCACAUGUCCUAUUUCAAACACGAGAGGAGCGCGGAGGGUCUGAACUCACCCGCGAUCCGGGCUUCUGCGCCGUCACCGGGGGCAGGUGACAGAGGAGCAGCGGCGCCAGCAGCGCGAUCGCCUCGGGCGGGCGGAGCCAAGGAGGCUGCGAUGGAGGGACGCUGCUGAGGAGCAGGUGGGCACCGCGGAUGCUCUGCGGAGCGGCUAACAAUAGGAAGCUUUGCAACCUCCACUGUUGGGAUCGGAUUUUGAAUUUAUUACUUUUGUAUUUGAAUCGAGGGAGGAUUCAGAUUUGAUCCCCGCUGCGCCGACAGGCUGCGAGAGGCUCCGUCUGCGUCCUGUCGUGUCGCUGGAGGCUGCGGCGAUGUGAUGCUCCAUCGCGGGGUCGACGGCCGAGGCCCCCUCUUCUCCCCUCUGUAUUAUUAUGCAGGGAACAAGGCGGACUGGACGGAUCACAGGGGAACAAAGCACCGGUCUAGAAGACGCCUCGCACACCGGCAGUAUUAGCCAACUAUGGUCGACCCCUCGGAGGCUGAGGAGCAGAACAAGUGUAAAGGUCCACAGCUCGACACACCGGCUGUGGCCCCCGAACACCCUCGACUGCCAGAGGAAGCCGAUGGCACCACGACAGAAGAGGACGGGGACGCCGGUUUUGAGACCCCGCCCACCGGCAGUUCUGAGCCCAGCCCCUGCCACGCUGCAACCCCGGCGGUGCCAGACGCCGCAUCUCAGGCGGCGACGCCUGAACAACCUCAGACUCAGACGGAUCCGUCGCCCAAGCUGCACCUGGACCUGUACAACUUUGACUCGCCGGCUGCAGAGGGCAGCCGCUAUGUGCUGACGAGCCCGCGCUCUCUGGAGGCGUGUGCCCGAUGUGGGGUCAAACCCGUGGAGCUGCUGCAACGCCCGCUCGCCGACUUCGCCCGGGAGGCCCCUGGACGCUCCAUGCGAGUCGCUACGGGGUUGUUUGACGUCUACGAGAGGGACCGGCACGCCAAGCUGAGGCAGUGCAGGGAGGAGAGGGAGAGGAUCGUCAGGGAGGAGAAGAGACGGCUUCUGCAGGCGACCGUCAACAGCAGUAGCAGCGCGUCUUCCUCCUCUGUGGACAAAUCUUCUUCUGGCUCCACUCAGCCUCCCAAACCGGGGCCUCUGACCUCCAGCUCAGCCGUUGACGUUGGAGCAUCCUCUCGAGCCACAGCACCAGGUCCAACCUCUAAAACGGGUACAGCUCUUUCAUCUAAAGCCCCGGCCUCCGGCCUCAGCACCUCCCCUAGAUCUGCCAAAGCAGGAUCACCUCAGUCAUCAAAAACGACACCAUCUUCCAAGGGUUACCAGGGAUCUGCAAAGAUUCCUUUGUCCUCCUCUGCUGAACAAGUCAAAACCCCGCGGCCGCUCUCGUCUGGCCCCCCGCCGGUCGCCAGGAAGUCCCCCGCUGGAAAAUCUUCAAACACUUUCCCCAGGUCAACACCAAAACCGCCUUCUUUCCCCAGAGCCAACUCCACAUUAGCAUCAUCAGUGUCAAAGCCUGCGGGACAGAGCUCCGGGGCGCCCCCUAACGGUGUGACGGGGGGAGCGUUCUCUCAGCACAAUGGACACCUUGGACCUCGGUCCAAGGUGAAAGUGAAGAGCCAUUCACUGGAGUCCUUACAACGAAGGAUGGAUCCCGCCUGCUGUUCCACCUCCACCACCACCACCACUACAUGCACCUCAUCCGAGUCCGGCGCUUCCUCGUCGUACAGCUGGGAGGGUACACGAGACCACUGGGCUAAAGUGUCCAGCCCCCGAGCUCGCACCAUGGCUACGUUCAACUCCCUGAUGGGCCGCAGCCUCAGCCUCGGUGACCUGAGCCACUCUCUCCAGACGACGCAGAAGGUGGAGCGCAUUGUGAAGGAGGUGAAGCGGCGAGGCCUGAAGGCCGUGUCCGAGCGCGACCGCAAGAUUGCCGCCUUGAUGCUCGCCAGGUACCAGGAGGAGGACAUCAUGAGUCAGACGCGCUACGUGGCUCAUCUCCAGUGGGACAGCGAGCGCCGGAUGGACGAGCUGCGGCGAGAGCAGGAGGACAAAGAGAAGCAGCGCGCCGUGCUCCAGUGCCAGCGCGUGUGGCAGACGCAAGUGUCGAUACGCCAGCGACGACUGAGCCAGCAGGAACGGGAAUCCUCAGCUGCCAAAAUGCGACUGGCCGAGGAGAACGAGGAGCGGUGGAGGGAGCUCGCGGUGCAGCAGGAGCGCAGCCGGCUGCUGAGGAUGCAGCAGGCGGCGCGAGAGGAGAAGCAUAAGAAAGCGCUGCAGGAGCAGAACCUGAAGUCCCUGGAGGACGAGAGGGCGGCCAUGCUGGAGCAGGAGAGGCUGCUGCUGAAAGAGAAGCUCACCAUGGCUGAGCUGAAGAGGCAAGAGAAGGAGCACCAGGCCCAGGAGGAGAGACGGGGGCUGAACAAGGCGGAGAAGAGGCGCCACGCCGCCCUGAUCCAGGAAAUCGCUCGCAGGGAGCAGGAGGAGAGGGAGGAGGCCAGGAAGGCGGCGGACGAGAAGCUCAGUCGCUCCCUGGAGAAUUACGAACAGAUCGUCGAGCGUCGCGGGCAGGAGCUGAGGGAGAAGGCCAGGCGCGAGGAGAGGCAGAUCCAGAAGGCCCGCCAGGCGGCGGAGAAGCGCGAGAAGCAGCAGCAGCAGCAGCUGGAGGCUCGCGCCAAGGAGGCGGAGAAGCGAGCCCAGCAGGCGGCCCUGGUGGCGGAGGAGAGGGCCAAGGAGAAGGCCCAGCGGGCCGUCCAGAGCCGGCAGGAGAAGGAGCGCCUCCAGAAGGUCAACAGGCAGCGCGUGGAGGAGGAGGAGAAGCAGCGGCGCCAGGAGCUGCUGCAGUCCAUCGAGCGGAAGCUGGAGAAGAGCGAGCAGAUCUUCCGAGAGAAGCGGGCGGUGCUGGAGAGCGCUCGCUCCGUGGCCCGCGCCUCGUUCCACGUGCGGGACAAAGUGCGGGAGGAGACCAACAUGCGCACCUUCGACAAGAUGGCCCUGGAAGCACAGCUGAACGCCAGCAUGGACGAGAAGUAACCCCACAGCCUCGUUGUGAACCCUCCACCGGUCCGCUCAUGUGCCGGGCUCUCGCCCUUCGUCACGGCCCCUCGUCACUCGACAGCUUUACCCCCUCCUCCCACACCCAGUGUCAUCAUUUUCCUUACAUAUCUUUUACCCAUCGGCUGCUUUGAUUACGUUUUUUAAUCAUUUUUAUUCCAUGGAAGCAAACCAAAUCAUUUGGUAUCAUGGGACGUAAUGAGACUUCUUCCUGUAUCUUCAUCUGUUAAGUCCGUUAAUUCACAGUAAAAGCCUGUGUGGGAAUCCAAUAGACUUCAUAUUAGAUUAGACAUCGAGUUCAGAGAGAGCCAGCGACCUGCCCCCCCCCCCCCCCCCGCCCCCACCACCACCGCUCUCUCUUUUCUCUUCGCCGUCUCCUUUGUCCAUCUCGACUUUACGGAAUGGAACGAAUCAUUGUUUACCGGGAAGCACAAACAACUCCAUGACGACUGCAGAGGCUUUUAAGGGGGAGCGGCCCCCGUGAGGGAAAAGUGAAGCGGAAGAAGCAACCAAAGCCAAAAGAGGGCUCCUUUUGUAGAAACACAACAUGAAGCCCCAGGCGAACCGCUGACCGGACGACCAUGUGUGUUCACGAGGAGAGUGGCUUCCACAGCAGAGCCCCCCCCCCCCCCCCCCCCCCACCGCCUCUCCUCUUCAUGUCACAUCACAGUAAACAGUGAAGUGCUCUCUGAGAGACAGCCCGACUCUCGACUCUGCCGCAGUGGACGGUCAAGGUCGACAGGUCCGGGUGAUGAAUGGGAGCUGGUGAUGUAACCCACAAUCCUCUCUUCUUCCCACACUGAGCUUUGAAAGUGUGAAACAAACGAGUCUCUCUCUCUCUCUCUCUCCUCCGACGGAUCCGCUUCAGAGCUUUAGUUCUCACCUUCAACUCGUCACUGUGCCAUUUAUUGUGCUGCUAACGGUGGGAACAGAGAACGUUAAGCCACAAAUGAACCGACGGGCCUUUUACCUGCAUAAAUGAAAAGACAUUGACAAGGUUCAAACACAGCUUUAUUAGCAUCCAGGCAUGUCGCUCACUCCUCCAUAUGUUCCGUCUUACUCUCACCGUGACACGUUGGGCUCCUGUUUCAUCUCUGGCGUCAAAAAGUUACUUAACAUUUUGUACAUUAUCAUCAUUUUGCGAGUUGCUUGGUCAAUAACAGAUUUCCUUUUUUUGCCAGACGUAGCUAAUAAUGAAACGUCAUGUUCGAUUGUCGACCACGACUGAGAUCAUUGUUGUCAUGAAAGAAAAGAAAACAAUCUGUGCAAACCCCCCCCCC